UCAUAAAUAGGGUUGUGGUAACCAAUAUUCAUUUUAACCCAUCUUUAUUUGGCAGAAAGAAAGCUGAAAACAAUCUCUCGACAUGUCCUUCUUUGGAUUCACAGAGGGCAUUCCCCAAUUCAUACGAGAUCACCCGUAUCCCAUUGGUGUUGCCACGGCUCUGGGCGCAAUUUUCCUUUCUGCGGUCUACAUUUACAAGAGAAGAAGAUCCAAAGGCUGCUUAGACCCCACGGAGUUCAAGGAAUUCAGACUCAUCAAGAAGACCCAGAUUAGCCCCGACACUGCAAGAUUCAAAUUUGCUCUUCCUACGCCCACUUCGGUCUUGGGUCUUCCUGUGGGACAACACGUACUCUGCAAAGGAAAAGACAGUGACGGUGAAGAUGCGGUUAGUCCUUACACUCCCAUAACUGGGGACUCUGAUUUGGGAUACUUUGAACUCGUCGUGAAGAUGUACCCAGGAGGAAGAAUGUCUCGCAAUUUCAUGGAACUACGUGAAGGUGAUUACCUCCCUGUUAAAGGACCCAAGGGAACAUACAAGUACAAACCCGGUCAAGUUCGGGCGUUCGGGAUGAUUGCUGGAGGUUCAGGCAUUACUCCUAUGUUUCAGAUUAUUCGUGCCAUACUGAAAAAUCCAAAAGACAAAACGAAAGUGCACCUUAUUUAUGGCAAUCGCACUGCCAAUGACAUACUUUUGAAGGAAGAUUUAGAUGGCUUCGCUGAGCAAUUUCCCAACCGUUUCACAGUGUAUUAUGUUGUCAGUGAGCCUUCUGGAAAGUGGAGUGGUGGAGUCGGGUAUGUGACCAAGGAUAUAAUCCGAGCCCACUGCCCACCACCAGCUUUUGAUAUACAGAUUCUAACAUGUGGUCCUCCGGCCAUGGCCAAGGUAGUAACUGCUCAUCUUAACGAACUUGGUUACACGGAAGAUAUGCAAUUUGAUUUCAACCGAGACGGUAUUUUCUAUUUAUUAUUUUGAACCAAUCACGCAAUUAAAGAAACAUAAUGCUCUGAAGAUACUUUAUUAUACGUGUGCGUAAAUUUCGAUCGAAUAUCUAUUGUGUAAUAUUUCGUUUAAUGAUAAAUGACUUGUGUAAAUAUAUAA